AUGCUGGCCGCGCAGGAGCAGCCGUCCUUCGCGCCCCGCGACGCGCCCACCUACGUGCUGCCGGACACGCCGCCGCCCGGGCCGCACCACUACCACCACCACGCCGGCUACUACCACCAGUACCACCAUGGCCUCGCCGCCACGCCGUUCUCCGUGCGCGACAUCCUGGCCGAGCACCACGCCGGCGGCGUGGGGUCGCCCUGGGCCGAGGCUCAGCCGGAGGAGUUCGGCGACCCCCUGCAGUACCCCGGGCCCGAGUACUACUGCAGCACCUUGCUGCAGCAGUACGAGCAGCCGCCCCUGCAGCAGCAACAGCCGCAACAGCUGCAGCAUCAACACGUCGCCGGCAGCCCCUUCGUGUACGAGGCGACGGCCUGCUCGCCCUCCCCGGCCUCCACCACCUCGACGUCGUCCAUGGCUGUGAUGGCGUGCUCCAGCGCGGCCCAGGUGCACGAGCUGGAGCAGCGGUUCCGCCACCAGCGCUACCUGUCGGCGCCGGAGCGCGAGCACCUCGCCGUGGCCAUCGGCCUCACGCCCACGCAGGUCAAGAUCUGGUUCCAGAACCGGCGCUACAAGAACAAGCGCGGUGACCUGCCCCUGCCGCUGGCCUCGCUGGCCUCCGCCAGCACCUGCAGGACGCCGGCCUUCGGCGAGGCCAAGCGCCCGGCGGCGGAGCACCAGCAGCACCACCAGCAGCACAUGCCGCCUGCAGCGGCGCCCGAGGGCUUCUUCCAGAACGGCUUCACCUUCGGCCAGCUCCAAGAGGCGCCACAGCUGCACGCCCCCGCGGGCAUCAAGCAGGAGCACCCCGAGCUGGACUUUAACGUGGAGCAGGCGGGCGCCAUGUUUCAGUGGUAG